CUGACUUUACAAACUUUUCUCAACUAUUUAGUCUUUACUUUUUUCUGUAACCAGAUCGCUCUCCCCCAGCAGCAAGGAGGGACUUUGUCUCUGCAGAGAUUAGGAUGCCGGACAAAGUUUGGAAAUCCUUCAUACUGGAUCCCAUCUGGAUUGUGGUACUCGCAUGGACUGUGAUCACAAGACCCACUGAAUCUUACAAUAUAGAGGUAUCGGAUCGCCUGCUUUUUAAAGGACCCUCUGGCUCACUCUUUGGAUACUCAGCUGUGCUGCACAGCUACAAUGAAGAUAAGUGGAUUGUAGUGGGUGCUCCACGGUCCAACUGGAGUUCACACGUUGACAUCACUAGCCCUGGUGCCAUAUUUAAAUGCAAAAUUGGAAAUAACCCGGAUGGCAAGUGUGACCUAGUAGAUCUGAGUAUCCAUAAUUCAGUAUCGUGUGGAAAAACAUGUAAAGCAGAGCCAGACAACCAGUGGUUGGGAGUAAGCUUGUCCAGACAAACAAAGGAUGGACAAAUACUGGCUUGCGGUCACAGGUGGAAAAAUAUAUAUUAUAUGACAAACGAUCACAAGCUACCAUAUGGAGUAUGUUAUUCGAUACCUGCAAGUUUGCGGACAGACUUGAGUAAAAGAAUAUGCCCUUGUUAUAAAAAUUUUGUUCGAAAGUUUGGAGAAUAUUAUGGUUCAUGCCAAGCUGGGAUUUCAAGCUAUUACCUUGAGGACGUAAUUGUUAUGGGGGCUCCAGGAUCACAUUAUUGGACUGGUUCUGUUUUUGUUUACAAUACUACAACAAAUAAAAUCAUGUCAUAUGAGGACCGGACUCACACAGUGAAGUUUGGAAGUUAUUUAGGAUACUCAGUCGGAGUCGGGCACUUUCAAGGACCAGAUAGUUAUGAAGUUAUUGGAGGAGCCCCACAACAGGAACAGAUUGGAAAGGCUUACAUCUUUACAUUUGAAGGAACCCAGUUAGAUAUUUUAUUUGAAGUUACAGGUAAAAAGAUUGGCUCCUACUUUGGGGCUGCGGUUUGUGCUGCUGAUUUAAAUGGAGAUGGACUUUCAGACUUGCUGGUUGGAGCACCAAUGCAAAGUACGGUACGAGAAGAAGGACGAGUGUUUGUCUAUAUGAAUACUGGUGGUGGAAUAAUGGAAGAACAUAAACUUGAACUUUCUGGAAGUGACUUAUAUGCAGCAAGAUUUGGGGAGACAAUAACUAACCUUGGCGACAUUGAUAAUGAUGGUUUUGAAGAUGUGGCCAUAGGAGCUCCACAUGAAAAUGAUCUCCAAGGAGCCAUCUAUAUCUACAAUGGGAGAAAAGGCGGGAUAACACCUUCAUUUUCACAGAGAAUACAGGGAAAAGAUUUUGGCAGUGGAUUAAGCAUGUUUGGGCAGUCAGUUACUGGAGGACUGGAUGCAGAUGGAAAUGGAUAUCAAGACAUGGCAGUUGGCGCUUUUCUCUCCGAUUCUGUAGUGCUGCUAAGAACAAGGCCGGUAGUUAUUAUCAAUGCAUCCUUAGAGCUGCCAAGCACUGUGAAUCGAACAAAGUUUGAAUGCGUGGAAAACGGACAUCCUGCCGUGUGCAUGAAUGUCACCGUCUGCUUUAGUUAUGAAGGACUCGAAGUUCCUGGGCACAUCGUUUUACAUUACAAUAUCAGUUCAGAUACAAAAAGAAAGUCCGGAACUCCUGCAAGAUUUUAUUUCAUCUCCAAUGUGACAACAGAUGUCAUAUCGGGAACAAUGGAAAUUCAUAAAAGGCGUGAAAAUUGCAAAACCCAUCAAGCUUUUAUGAGGAAAGAUGUAAGGGAUAUCCUCACUCCGAUACACAUGGAUUCCCACUAUUAUCUUGGAAAACAUAUUGUAUAUAAGAGAAAUGUGGAUGAAUUUCCUCCUCUUCAGUCAAUUCUCCAGCAAAAAGAAGGAGAUGAAAAUGUAUUAAGACGCAUGGUACAUUUUGCCAGGUACUGUGCCUUGAAAAACUGUUCUGCGGACUUACAGAUAUCUGGCAGUUUUUCCUUUCCCAAGACUUUUGAAAACAGCUCUUAUCUAGUAAUUGGUAGUAUGAAAACUCUAAUGAUAAAUAUUACCCUGUACAACGGUGGGGAUGAUGCAUAUCAAUCUACCCUAGAGAUGCGGCUUCCCAAAGCGCUUCAUUUUAUCAAAGUUUUGGAUCUGCCCGAAAAACAGAUAAACUGUGCAGUCACUGAAGAAGAAAAUCAAUUAACAACAUUGCACUGCAGCAUUGGCCUCUAUUAUGUUGAUUCACUUUCAAAGCAACAGUUUUCUUUUCUCCUGGAUGCAAGCUCUCUUACCAAAGCCGAAGAAGACCUUAUCAUCAAUGUAACUGCAAACAGUGAAAAUGAAGUACACCAGGACACAUUAUGGGACAAUGUUUUCACUUUUGCUAUACCCACCAGAAAGGAGAUUAAUCUUAAUGUAAUUGGGAGCGUUUCUCCCUUCUCAUUUGUGUAUGGACCCUCUGAUGAAGUACAGGAGCCAUGUGUAAUGGAAACGAUAGAUUUCACCUUUAAUGUAAUCAAUAGCGGACCAAGUGUUGCUCCUGGUGCUGUGCUGGAAAUAAUGUUGCCAAAUACGUUUGCCCCAAGCAAAACCAAGUUGUUCAAUUUACUGAAUGUCAAGACCUCUGUUGGCGAAUGCUCUUUUGAAAAUUACACCCAGGAGUGUGCAACGCCGAAGAGCAACAGAACAAUAUUUGGGGAUCUAAUUGCUUUCUUUUCAAAGCCGGAAAAGAGAACUUUGUUCUGUUUUCACGAUGACGCUUCCUGUAUACGUAUUUUUUGUACAUUUGGAGAGGUGGGAAGUGAAAAUGAAGUAGUUGUGGAAGUUCAGCUAGAACUAAACAGAUUGCUUCUAGAAAUGGAUGACUCUUCAUUACUACACUUUAUAGCAACAGCUACUGCAGGAUUUGAGAAGAACCCUAGAGUAGUCAACAUAAACCCAAGCAAUCAUACACAUGUUCUAAUGGAAGCAAUACAUAAUCAAAAACCGAAGACUCAUGUUGUCUACCUGAUCAUUUUCUUCAGUUUACUAUUAGGUCUAACUUUAUUUUCAGUGCUAACGUAUCUAUUAUGGAAGGUUGGCUUCUUUAAGAGAAAAUACAAACCUUUAGAUUCAGAUAGGAGCAGAAGAGAAAGUUGGAACUAUGUAAACAAAGAAGAAGAAAAAUAGGAAACAAAUCUAUAUUUUUAAGAGUGGAUGAACUUUUACACCACGUAAAUUAAAAAGAAA